AUGCGCAAACCGUCUGCCUGUACAGUUUGCCGGGCGCGUCGUCGCAAAUGCAUCUAUCCAACACACGGCGUGGAUGCGGUGUGUGAGUACUGUUCGUCACAUGGCCAACAGUGUAUCCAAGGCCCACCAGAAGGCGGGUACUAUGCAAGGCGCAAGGCUAGGCUGCAAUCGCUCAAUUCGCCUCCACAGAAUUCCCAGAACCAGGAUGCCACUCCAGCAAGGCACACCGAACCAGACCUGCCGCCCCUUGCACUGAGACGAGAGCUAGUCGAUUUGUAUUUCGACUACAUUCACGACCAGUUCCACUCCAUCUACCAUCGCGUAUCCUUCCUCCAAGAUGUCAUGCAUGACCGAGUCCCGCCAAUUGUGCUUCUUGCAAUGUUUGCUCUCUCGGCACGAUUCUCAACCAACCAAGCAUUCCAUGGAACAGACCCGAGGGAACGGGGCGAACGCUACCGGAUACGAAGUGAGGAAUUGCUUAACAUCCGUCAUCUGCACCCCACCACCGUUCAAGUCUGCCUGCUCCUAGGUGCAUACGCUGCCGCUAACGGCCAGACGGAUGUCGAGAACAUUUAUUACAGCAUGGCUGGGCGCAUGUGUCUGGCCCUCGACUUGCCAAGCCGCCCAGUUGCCAGCCUAAUAGAGCGUGAAGUAAACAUAAGGAUAUGGUGGACCAUAUGUAUGGUCGAUGUUUGGUCUUCAACUGCAGUCCGAUUGCCGCGCAUAAUGCCAUUUGAUAUCGCUGUGCCUCUGCCAGUUGACGAGUUUCCUUUCUCGUCUAUGGGCACCGAUUCGGAACACGGGUGCACCGAUCCGACAUCUGUAUCCUCUCCCCUCAUGGCUGAGAUGGUGAAACUCAACAGGAUCCUGUCCAAGAUCAUUGAUUUCAAUCGCACAUGCGUGUCAGACCACCUUGAAGGCUUGCCACUGGAGAAGGGCAUGCGCGAGUUGUCGCGCGACUUGGACGUCUGGCUCGAAAAUCUCCCGCAACAUUUGCGUGACACGCCGGACAACUUCAAAUACUUUGCCUCACGGGGUCAUGGGCGUAUGUUUGCGGCCGUGUAUCUAGGAUAUUACCAUUAUGGUCAACUCCUGAAUUACCAGUUUCUAUCCCUGUCGACUGAGGCGUCGGCAGAGUCUGGGCGAUAUGCAGACGCAUGUAAACAGCAUGCUGCACGGCUUUGCUCCCUGGUGUAUCGUUCACAUGCAACACCUGGUAGCGAAGUCAUGUACUCGGCAGUGUCACACGUCCUCGUCAUUGCAUCUACUGUACAAAUUCAUACCCUCCUCUUUUCCCCUGACGAAGCAGAGAUACGAAUUUCAAAAGCAAGACUGGAGCGCAACUUUGAGAUUUUGCUCCGGUUGCGCGCAUAUUGGCCUAGUGUGGAUGGUGCUAUGAGUCGUCUUCGAGCAUUCCACCAGACAUGUCUUCGAAGCAAAGAAACUAGUUUUGUGCUUGAUCGGUGGCUGUUACGCUUUCUAGUCCAGUUUGCCCCUCACAUGGAGCUUGAACCGAGAGAUCAUGAUCCUGAGUACGAGGCGCUGCUGGCUUUGAGCAAGCAGUCGCCGCUAUCUUGCUACUCAGGUCUAUCCCUAUAA